AUGGAAAUCAUAGCCGUUGAGUACGGAUAUUGGGAAUCGGCAAUCAGAAUUGGGGUGCUGGAUUGUGGGGAAGAAGAGAACUACGAGACAUGUAAAGAAUAUGGUAUUCAUUAUUAUCCAACUUUUAGGUACUUCAAAGCAUUUACAAAGCAGUUUACAACUGGAGAAAAUUAUAAAGGAGCAGAUCGUGAGCUGCAAACAGUUCGCCAGAUGAUGAUUGACUUCUUACAGAACCAUUCCCAAGAGUUGAGGCCACCUGCUUGCCCGCCCUUAGAUCCAGUUUCGUCCAGUGAUAUUACUUCUCUUUUUGACAAGAGUAGCCCUCAUUAUACUGCCAUCAUCUUUGAAAGUAAUAACUCCUAUGUUGGACGAGAGGUUAUUUUAGACUUGAUUCAGUAUGAAAACAUUGUGGUAAAGAGAGCAUUGAAUUUUGAUAAGCCUUUUCUAGAGAAACUCGGUAUUACCUCAGUCCCUUCAUGCUAUCUGUUGCAUCCAAAUGGAUCCCAUGGAUUAAUUAACAUUUUGAAGCCUCUACGGUCUUUCUUUUCUUCAUAUUUAAAGUCACUGCCAGGUGUAAGAAGAAAACUUCUUUUGCCACUUCAGCUACCUAUAAAGGAAAAAAAAGAGGAGAGCGCAGAAAUCAAGAUGUGGAAAGAAUUUGAUAAAUCUAAGCUGUACAUGGCUGACCUUGAAUCAGGAUUGCAUUACCUGCUCAGAGUAGAGCUCGCUACGCACAAGACACUUGAGGGAGCAGAGCUAAAGACCUUCAAGGAUUUUGUUACCGUCUCUGCCAAGCUUUUUCCUGGCCGUCAGUCUGUGGUAAAGUUGUUAGAGACCUUGCAAGAGUGGCUGGUGAGCCUUCCAUUAGACAAAAUCCCUUAUGAUGCUAUCCUAGAUCUGGUCAACAACAAAAUGCGGAUUUCUGGGAUAUUUCUCACUAAGCGAAUUCAGUGGGUCGGAUGUCAGGGCAGCAGACCAGAACUGAGGGGUUAUACCUGCUCCCUUUGGAAGCUCUUUCAUACCUUAACUGUUCAAGCUGCGCUGCGACCAAAAGCAUUGAUAAAUACAGGUCUCGAAGACAAUCCACAAAUGGUGCUUCAGAUCAUGCGGAGAUACAUUCAGCACUUUUUUGGAUGCAAGGCUUGCGCUCAGCAUUUUGAAGAAAUGGCUAAAGAAUCCAUGGAUUCCGUUAAGACCUUAGACAAGGCUGUUCUCUGGCUCUGGGAGAAACACAACAUAGUGAAUAAUAGACUUGCAGGUGAUUUGAGUGAAGAUCCAAAAUUUCCCAAAGUUCAGUGGCCAACUCCAGACCUUUGUCCUGCAUGUCAUGAAGAAAUUAAAGGAUUACACAGCUGGAAUGAAGACCAAGUUCUGCAGUUCAUGAAGUAUCACUAUAACAGUGAAAAUAUUUUAUAUAAAUACUCUGAAGGCCAGACUGACUCCAGUGAAGCUGAACACGGAGAUACAAGGGAGAUGAAAGACAAAAGCCUACCGAAGAAGCCAAGUGGAAACAGAGAAAAUAAGAUCCUGGACCAAGAAAACAUACUAGAUUCACAGUCUAAGGUGGUAGAUAAACUAAUAGCAAAUCAGGCACCUGUCAAAGACAGAGGUAAAAGUGCAGUUGAAUCAGCUGAUGAUAAAGAGACCAAGCAGUCUGUAUCUUUCUUAGGGAUUGGAUUUUCAAACAUAGACAUGAGUCUGUGUGUUGUACUCUAUGUAGCAUCAUCCUUAUUUUUAAUGAUAAUGUACUUUUUUUUCAGAAUGAGAUCGAAACGGUGGAAAGUGAAGUAUUAUCGUUCAUCUGUAUAGAACUUUAAAUCAGAAACAAAGUUUUCAUUGUAAGUGGCUGUUCAGUUCCAGAUGCAGCUUUAAUAUUUAUGAUCAGGGAUUUUAUAUACAGUAUUCCUUAUUUCACAACUUUCUUCCCAAUUUAUUUCACAAAUGUUCUAGCUUAAUAUACAGCUUGCUGUAAGAACCCUAACAUUUGACUGUCACAGGCAUAUAGUGCUAUCAUAAAAUGUCUACUGAAGGAAGCAUUGCAUUUCCCAGUUAAGAUUUUUCCAUGACUUACCACCUACAUCCUUUACUCGUUUGCGAAGUAAACAGUGCAUUAUACAAUUAACUAUACCUGGUUUUGGAAAGAAAUUGGAUAUUGUUUUGCGUACUUGAAGUAAUUUUUUUUUGUAUUUAUCCAGAGCUGGUUUUACCUGCAGGAUUCCUGAAUAGUUAAACUGUUACCUUAGCAUCACCAUUUGGAGAAGCAAGAGUUUUGAUUUUGUUUUGUUUUUUAAGUUCUAUUUUGAUUAAAUCAAUUCUAAACCUCUGACUUCCUCAAAUAUUGUUCCCAUUACAUAUUUGAAGUAGAAAGUAUUAAGUGUUCAAAUAAGUCUUACGUUCUCUUACGUGUUCCAGGUGAGGAUGUAUAUGCCUCUGCUAGGAUGAGAGGUCUGGGGCAGUUAGUAUGUCUAUAAGCAGCCUGAUUCUGAUUUUGCUGAUUCUACCAUUCAUUUUAAUAGAGUUUAUUUGUAAGCAAGAACAGAAUCAGACCCCAGUGUUUUUCCUGCUCUGCUAUUGGAUGUGUUAAUGGAGCAUUAGAUAACUCACCUUGAUAUGCUAAUUUAUGAUUCAGAAAAGUAGUUAGGUAAUUAUUAUUAUGCCGUUCAGGGGGAAGCCAAUUCUGAUGAACUCCUGUAAAAGGAAACACAAUUUUUAAUGAAGGAAAAUGAGACUCAUGUGGCAUCAGCAUACUAGAACAAAUUUACAGGUCUGGAUGUAUUAAGUUUCUUGUGGCAUUGUGUAUGAAAUCUUUUUUUCCCUCUGGUGAGGCAGUGUAGGAACUUUAUACUGGUAUUGCCAGUUCGGAACUCACAGGGAACAUCACCUGCUAACUGCAAAGUUUCCUGUAGAGAACUUAAAGAAGACGUUUGUCCUUCUUCUGGAGUGUUGCACUGUUUGGGUCAGAAAGGGUUUACCUGCAGUAAAAGUCCAAGAGCUCCUCCAUUCUGGGAUGUGGCAGCAAUGGGGAAUGUGGCAGCUGCAUUUGCAUAUCCAUCAGUCUAUCCAGAAUCCUGACUGACAGCGGUCAGAAGAAAACAUGAAAACAUUUAUAAAAUUACCGUUCAUAAUAGGAAUUCCCUUUUGAUCCUAGCUGUGGGGGAUAAUUCACGUCCUGGAUAGUGAAGUUUAUAAUCCUAUCCAUUGUAAUUGAGCAUGUUCUAGUUAUCCAUUACCUAAUCUUUAGUUAAUCCUAAUAGGUUUUGGCCUCAAUGUUUUCUUGUGGCGGUGAGUUCUACAGAUUAAUGAUGUUAUGUAAAAAGGCUUUUCCUUUCAAUUUUACAUUUGUAACUCUUAAUUUAAGUGAAUGUUCCCUAGCUCUUCUGUUAUGUGAGAAGGAGUAAAUAGUCCCUGGCCAAUUCAUUCUUGUAUUUAUACUGUUAAUGUGUCUUCUCUUAUUUCCAUCAUAAACCCUCGUAUGAAAAGUUUAAAGCCCUGCAACAGGAAUGGGCUACCAUUUAGCACAAAAACUCAACAAGGAUGUUUUUUCAUAAUUGGAUCUUGCUCAUUGAGAAAGUUGAGUCAAAAAUGUCCAGUUUUGUGUCAUUUCCACCUGGAAUAACAAAACUGAGCCAAUGGUUAUUGUCUGUUGUUUCUUUAAGUGUCAAAAUAGCUUACAAAAGCACAUAAGUAGGCCUUGUAGUUAUUAUAAAUACUCAUCAGUGGAAAAGCCUCCAUUUGCAUGACACUGAUAGUAUGACAUAGGUAAAGCCCGUUAUUUCUGGUUCUCUUAAGCUCACUUUACAGUUUAUUCUAUGGACUCAAUGGCCCUUGCUCCAGAGUGAGAAAUUUUACUCCACCUUCUAUCCCUAAAGCAAGAGGCCAGCAACUUCCUACCGCUGCCCGCCUCUUCGACACAGGAAGUCCGCUUAUACUUAGGGCCUAAUGUGAAAACUCUACGUGCGCUUGAUGUUGUCAUCGUAACAGCAAGUCAGUCUGUGUUUUUUCAUGACCCUCAUUGUUUAAGAGGUAGGACACAACAAACCAUCAUUUCUUUUAGGAAUUUAUCACAAUCCCUGUAAUCGUCUUUGUAGGAUCUGGGCUUGAAUAUUAAAACUACUUGUAGGCAACUAUAGAUAGAUAGUGAAACAACAUUGGUAGUUAGUCCUGACUGGCUCUUUAGUGCCCCUGUGUUUUGUACUAGAAUCCACAGAGAGAUCCCAGGGAUAGGUUAGUUAAGAAGAGAGCCCAGAGAUUUCAAAUUUAAUGACCUAACUGGGGGGAAUGGGCUUUGUUAACAGCCAAAAAUCAAAGAGGUUUAGUGUCCCUAAAAUAAAUAAAUGUUGGGCAGCAUAGCAGGUAUUGAAUCUGGAAAAUUUGGCUAGCUUUUGUAGGACUGAAUCAUUAACAUUGCACAUUUUAAAGUUGCAAAUAUGUAAUUAGUGCUGUGGUUUUGAACUUUGCUGAAGAGCAAGACCUGAAUUUAACUCUCAUUCAACUUAUUUUCAUCUGCAUAUUAAAACAAAAGGCGUUGCAGGUUUGUAGGAAUUAUUUGACAUGGAAACAGCAGCUUGUGUGCUUGGGAAUAUGUUAUUCUUUUGCUACAUACUGUUAACUUCAUAUUGCCUUGACCCUGUUUGAAAUGUGGCAAAAUAAACAGAUACUCAGAGUUACAGUGUUCUUUUUUGUUUCAUGAGAGUAUUAAAAGCAUGAAAGUAGAAUGUUGAUUAUCUGUGCUGGUGCUAUAACUUCAGUGUUGCCAGCUAACUGGCACAAGGCUUUCACUUUAAUUGCUAGUAGUGACCUCAUCCGGAAAAGUUUCCUUGUCUUUGAGUUCAGUUGUGUAAAUCUUAGUUUAUUUUUUAUUAUUUUGUAUCUUUAUAAUGACAAGUUAUAUCCUUUUACAUAUUCUGACAGUAAGGAUGUAUUAAGUCCACCAUGGAACGGGCGAUACUGCUUUGCCAUGGUGCAUUAAAGGUAGGUGAGUUACAAGAAAGUAUUUCCUUUUUAAAAAUGCCUCAAACCACUGUCUCUUCAGUCCCAGAACUUUUAUUUGUGUAUUGUAUUAUAUUACAAAAGUUUUUAUAAACAUUUAUAGGUCAUACAAAAACUCCUGUGAGUCACUUUUCAAGAAGGAUUUCUGGCUCUUUGUAGUUCAUGGAGCUUUCUUUGCUAUUCCGAUGUUUUUAAAGAGGAAAUACUAAACCUGCAGAGAAAAUAGAGUACUGUGGAAUAUGCUAGGUCAGAGAAUAGAAAAGCUGUAAGUGCUAAAGAAACCUAAUGAAAUUAUUCCCUAGAACUGUAAUUUUUAAUUUCAAACAAUGUAUGCAUCCUGCUAUUCCUGCUCAGAACUGGAUGUGCACUACCUUUUUAACAAAAGGUUCAAAAUGUAUUUUCUAGGUCUCUGUAUUGCAUAUGAGGUGUUAAAAAUGGUGAAUAUAACAGUUUGAUAAUUUAAAUAUUUAUUUGUCAUUCAAUAAUUUGACAUUUUCAUAGUUUUUUUUUUUUUAACUUAAUCUCAUACCUCUUUCUGGGAAGGAAAAGUGACUAUUUUGUACUAAACUGUAAAUUAAUGUGCUUGUUAAAAAUAAAUU